AAGGGUCCCGUAAAAUUUCCUAGCACGUUCUGUAAACACAAAAAGAGAUUAUCCAGUAUCGUCUAUUAUACGAUUUUCUUACUUGCUUGAAUAUCAUGUAAUAAAUAAAUACUCGAGUAUUAUUAUAUUAUUAUGGAGUACGAGUAUUAUAUCUAAUCUCAUUCAGAAUAUAACGUAGCACAGUGCCGUGUAUAUCGCGUGGAACAGGUGUUGAAUCCUUGUUACAGUUGGUUACAGUAUUAGACAAGAUAAGAACUCAAUUCAUUUGAUACAUUUGAUACUGGUCAUAUUUUGAGAGAAACAAAUCUUUAUACCAUGACUAUAAUAGAUUACAUGCAAACAUUAUCUGACAAUCCUUAUUUCGGAGCUGGCUUUGGCCUGUUUGGGUUAGGAGCUGGAGCAGCUUUGUUGAGAAAAGGGAUGCAAGCAGGAAUGAUAUUGUUCAGGCGACAUUACAUGAUUACUUUGGAAGUCCCUUGUCGGGACAAAAGCUACCAGUGGCUCCUGCAAUGGAUCACGCAUAAGGGUGCAAGGAAAACCCAACAUCUGUCUGUUGAGACAAGUUUCGAGCAAAAAGAAACAGGUCACAUAAAAACUAGAUAUGAUUUCAUACCAAGUAUUGGAACUCAUUUCUUUAGAUACCAAGGGAAUUGGAUAAGGGUAGAACGAACAAGAGAACAACAAACAAUUGAUAUACAAAUGGGUAUACCAUUCGAGACAGUACAGCUGACAGCAUUUGGAAGGGACAGGAGCAUAUAUUUCAAUAUUUUGGAAGAAGCUAGACAAAUGGCUUUGAAAGAGCACGAAGGCAAAACCAUAAUGUAUACUGCAAUGGGAAGCGAAUGGAGGCAGUUUGGACAUCCUAAGAAAAGAAGACCACUAGAGUCAGUUGUCUUAGACACUGGCGUCGCGGACAGAAUAAUAAGCGACUGUCGCGAAUUUAUAAAUAAUCCGUCGUGGUAUGGCGAUCGUGGAAUUCCAUACCGUCGAGGAUAUUUAUUAUACGGUCCACCGGGUUGCGGUAAAUCGUCAUUCAUUACCGCCUUAGCUGGCGAAUUAGAACGAGGUAUAUGCGUUUUAAAUCUGUCAGAGCGAGGUUUAACGGACGAUCGAUUAAAUCACUUAUUAGCUGUGGCUCCUCAACAAACUAUUAUACUUUUGGAAGAUAUCGAUGCAGCAUUUGCCAGCAGAGAAGAGAGUAGAGAAGUUAAAUCUGCGUACGACGGUUUGAAUAGAGUAACGUUUAGCGGCUUAUUAAACUGUCUGGACGGUGUUGCUUCUACCGAAGCAAGAAUUCUAUUUAUGACAACUAAUUACUUGGAAAGAUUAGACCCUGCAUUAGUUAGGCCAGGUAGAGUGGAUGUAAAAGAAUACAUAGGUUGGUGUAGCAACAAACAAGUGGAGCAGAUGUUUUUACGAUUCUAUAAAAAUAGUGACAAUAAAGCAGAAGAACUUGCUAAACAAUUUGCGGAAGAUGUUAUAUCACAAAAGAAAAAUGUUAGUCCAGCGCAAAUUCAAGGAUUCUUUAUGUUUUAUAAGAACAACCCCGAUGAAGUGCUAAAAAAUAUUUCGCACAUAUGGGAACUCACGUGAUAGGAUGAAUUAUUAGGUACAGACAUUAGCAUUGUAAAGCUUUAUAAUAAAAUGUAUAUAAACGUUGAGACGAAUAUGACAAAGAUAUCAUAGAGCAUUCACGUUCUCAUAUUUAUAUUAAUUAUGCAAUUAGCGCAUCCGCUAAUUUAAUUUCUAAUAAUUUGAAAUUUCUACAUAGAUAAAAACUUCUCACUUUUAUAGCGUUUAUUCCGAUUAUUGCGUUACUAUCGACAUUACCGCAUCGUGAAUGACGAUCCAGAGACAAAAUACAUUGUACCAAAAUAAACAUUGUUGUAUACUA